UAUCUCACUUUACACUUACUUUCAUCACUCUCUUAGCUUAGCUUAGCUUUAGCUUCAUUCUUAGCACUUAGCCCUCACCUCACCUAUCCUAACAAAAGCUUUGAAGCAUGGCUGCUACUAUUUCCCUUCCCCAUUUUGCCCCUCCCACCUUCCUCUAUUUUCUCCUCUUCUCCUCCUCACUCGCCAUUGAUAUCACCACUCUCCUCUCCUCUUACCCUAAUCUCACCGACUUCACCUCCCUUCUAUCCACCACUAAUGUCGCCGCCGAUCUCUCCUCCCGCACCUCCCUCACUCUCCUCGCCGUCCCCAACGCCUUCCUCCCCUCCCCCCACCACCCUCCGUCCCCCACCAAUAUCGCCGACGUUCUCCGCUACCACGUCCUCCUCGAGUACCUUUCUUGGUCCGACCUCCGCCGCGUCCCGCCGGCCGGGAAACUCGUGACCACGCUCUUCCAGACGACUGGCCGGGCGUCCAGUAACUUCGGGUCGGUGAAUAUUACCCGGGAUCCGGUCUCCGGCGCCGUCACCGUUCAUUCUCCGGUUUCUAACGCCACCGUGAUUUCGCUCGUCCGGAAUGUUCCGUACAAUGUAUCUGUCUUUUCUGUUAAUUCUCUUCUUGUGCCUUAUGGAAUCGAUCUAAUGGCGUCGGAGACUCGGCCGCCGUUGGGGCUUAAUAUAACCAAGACGCUCGUCGACGACCACGGCUUCAACGUCGCCGCCUCAAUGCUCGCCGCGUCCGGCGUCGAGGAGGAAUUCGAGAAGGACGAGGGCGGCGCCGGGAUUACGCUCUUCGUCCCCACCGACGAGGCGUUUUCCGAUCUACCCUCCUCCGCGAGAUUCCAAUCUCUCCCGGCCGACAAGAAGGCCGUCGUUCUCCGAUUCCACGUUCUCCACUCCUAUUACCCGCUCGGCUCGCUCGAAUCCAUCGUGAAUCCGCUCCAGCCGACCUUGGCGACCGAGCAGAACGGCGCCGGGAGCUUCACGCUCAACAUUUCAAGAAUCAACGGAUCGGUGACGAUCGACACCGGAAUCGUACGCGCGUUGGUGACUCAGACGGCGUUUGACCAAAACCCCGUCGCCAUUUUCGGAAUCUCCCAGGUUUUACUGCCCAAAGAAUUCUUCGGGAAGAAUCCAAUUAAAGGAGACAAGCCUGGGAAUGGCGGUAUACCGAGCGGCGUUGCUCAGCCGCCUGAUAUUUCUCUCUCGCCGGAAAAUUCCCCCGGACUGUACGGCCCGUCCAGCCAUUUAUCGUCCCCGCCGGGGCUCCGCCAAGACCUUUCCUCGGUGGGGACCAAGAACAUAGUAGCAAGAAUAUUCUUGAGUGUAUGCUGUAUAGGAUUCCACUUUCUGGUAUGCCAUUUGCAAUUAUUUUCGCCGUUAAACUUAUAGUUUCUGAGAUUAUACACUUGAGAAUUGGGGCUACGAAGAAAAAUUAGCCAUUUUUCAACUGAGAUCUGAGAAAGAUGUCCGAUUUGUGUUGGUGCGAAGACAAUCUAGCGCAGGGAGUAACAAAUUUUGGCCUUUUGGGGGUUAAAUUUCAUCAAUGUCCAUUAUUGCUGCUGUUGUAAUCUGUAAAGUUUCGAUUUUAUUUAUGAUUUAGUAAUUACAGAAAUUCAUGGUUAAUUUUUGGAUUUGUUUAAAUUUGGUUUGUAGCUUUGCAUUAUCUUAUUAGAGCAGUGAUGCAGAGAAAGUGCAGAUUGCAGCAGAGUUGUUCAGAUGAUAAACUCAACAGACAAAGAAACAUACAGAAGAUGACCAAAGAUGCUAGCUUUAUCUAAUAAUAGAAACAGAAAUUUUCUGGGUUUUGAGUGGUUACUGAGUACUUUUCCGGCGAGGGAAAAUAAAGGGUGGGGUGGAUGAUGGAUGACUUGUUUGGUGUCGUGUUGUUGUGGGAUAAGAGAGGGGUAUGUUGGUCAAGAUGAAACUUUUGUGCAUUACAGCAAAUCCAGUUUGGAUUGUCUGGGAGUUUGGCUGGUUGGAUAUUAAUUAGUGGCAGGGAGAAAGGGAGUGACGAUGAUAUGAUCCGACAGGGAAAGAUUGUUGCUCUUUCAACUUUAAACAUAUGUAAAGCAAACUAGUACUCACCAUUUAUAUGCUAAAUGUUCAUAAUUAAAAUUGUGGAUA